GGCGGAUUUCGGCGCUGGGAGGGGCGCUUCGGGGAUGCGCACGGCUAGGACCCGGGGCAUCUUGCUUUGCCGGGAGAGGAUGCGAAGCGGACAUCUGUGACAGCGCGCAAUUGUGCAUCUCCUAGGAGAUGCCAAAGGCUGGGGACCGGCUGGCUGAAAGGAAGGGAUCGGCACCCCCCGCCCCCCACACCCAUGCGCUACCAUCCAGCCUGGGUUCUCUACGGGUCAAAUAAAGGAUCGUUCCUUUCCACUGGGCAGGAGGGCGUGGGAGAGAACCCCGAGACCAGUUGUGAGAGUGCCCUGGUCGCCCGGACCGCUAGCAAGCCCAGCGCCGGUUCUUUGUGUGUACAGCCGCGCACGCCCGGGGAUGCCACGGUGCCUGCUUCUCCCGAGGAGUGUUGGACAUAUUGCCAGCGCAGGAUUCCCGUAUGGAUUUUUGCCUCUUGGCAGGUGUGGUGGACUGGAAGAAAUACACUGUGACGAAAUGCUUCCACCUCUUGCCAAAAUGAACACUGAAGAAAAAUGAAGAACACUAAAGAACUCCAACGAAAAGUUGCAGGACAGAAAUAGCCACACUCCUCUGGAGUCUGAUUCAUCCACAGCCAUCAUAAAAAGGUUUUUGCAUCAUGUUUGGAAAGAAAAAGAAAAAGAUUGAAAUAUCUGGCCCUUCCAACUUCGAACACAGGGUUCAUACUGGCUUUGAUCCACAAGAACAGAAAUUUACUGGCCUUCCCCAGCAGUGGCACAGCCUGUUAGCAGACACUGCCAACAGGCCGAAGCCCAUGGUAGACCCUUCGUGCAUCACGCCCAUCCAGCUGGCCCCCAUGAAGACAAUCGUUAGAGGAAACAAGCCCUGUCAGGAAGCCUCCAUCAAUGGCCUGCUGGAGGAUUUCGACAACAUCUCGGUGACCCGUUCCAACUCCCUGAGGAAAGAAAGCCCACCCACGCCGGACCAGGGCGCCUGCGGCCAUGGCCGAGGCCGCCGGGAGGAGAACGGCUUCAUCACGUGCUCACAGUACUCCAGCGAAUCGGACACCACUGCGGAGUACACCACCGAGAAGCACAGAGAGAAGGGUCUCUGUGGAGAUGACUUGGAUCCAUUUUUUAAAGACGGCCAUGCAGCCAAGCAAAAUGGGCACGUUAUGAAGAUGAAACACGGGGAAGCCUACUAUUCGGAGAUGAAGCCUUUGAAAUCCAGUAUCGCCAGAUUUACUGUCGAUUAUCAGGCACACUUGGACUCACUGAGCAAACCAAGUGAAUACAGUGACCUCAAGUGGGGGUACCAGAGAGCCUCCAGCAGCUCCCCCCUAGAUUACCCAUUCCAAUUCACGCCUUCUAGAACUGCAGGGACCAGCGGGUGCUCCAAGGAGAGUCUGGCGUACAGCGAAAGUGAAUGGGGGCCCAGCCUGGACGACUAUGACAGGAGGCCAAAGUCGUCGUACCUGAAUCAGACAAGCCCUCAGCCCACCAUGCGGCAGAGGUCCAGGUCGGGCUCGGGGCUCCAGGAGCCCAUGAUGCCCUUCGGAGCAAGUGCAUUUAAAACCCACCCCCAGGGACACUCGUACAACUCCUAUACCUACCCUCGCUUAUCUGAGCCCACAAUGUGCAUUCCAAAGGUGGAUUAUGAUCGAGCACAGAUGGUCCUCAGCCCUCCGCUGUCAGGGUCCGACACCUACCCCAGGGGUCCCGCCAAACUACCUCAAAGUCAAAGCAAAGCAGGCUAUUCCUCAAGCAGCCACCAGUACCCAGCCGGGUACCACAAAGCCACUCUGUACCACCACCCCUCACUGCAGACCAGUUCGCAGUACAUUUCCACAGCUUCGUACCUGAGCUCUCUCAGUAUCUCAUCCAGCACCUACCCCCCACCCAGCUGGGGCUCCUCCUCAGACCAGCAGCCCUCCAGGGUGUCCCAUGAACAGUUUCGGGCUGCCCUGCAGCUGGUGGUCAGCCCAGGAGACCCCAGGGAAUACUUGGACAACUUUAUCAAAAUCGGAGAAGGGUCCACCGGCAUUGUGUGCAUCGCAACCGAGAAACACACAGGGAAGCAAGUGGCAGUGAAGAAAAUGGACCUCCGCAAGCAACAAAGACGAGAACUGCUCUUUAAUGAGGUUGUGAUAAUGCGGGAUUACCACCAUGACAAUGUGGUCGACAUGUACAACAGCUACCUUGUCAGCGACGAGCUCUGGGUUGUCAUGGAAUUUCUAGAAGGCGGUGCCUUGACAGACAUUGUUACUCAUACCAGAAUGAAUGAAGAACAGAUAGCUACUGUCUGUCUGUCGGUUCUGAGAGCUCUCUCCUACCUUCACAAUCAAGGAGUGAUUCACAGGGAUAUAAAGAGUGACUCAAUCCUGCUGACAAGCGAUGGCCGGAUAAAGUUGUCUGACUUUGGUUUCUGUGCUCAAGUUUCCAAAGAGGUGCCGAAGAGGAAGUCACUGGUUGGCACUCCCUACUGGAUGGCACCUGAGGUGAUUUCUAGGCUGCCCUAUGGGACAGAGGUGGACAUCUGGUCCCUCGGGAUCAUGGUGAUAGAAAUGAUUGAUGGUGAGCCCCCCUACUUCAAUGAGCCUCCCCUCCAGGCAAUGCGGAGGAUCCGGGACAGUUUACCUCCAAGAGUGAAGGACCUACACAAGGUUUCUUCAAUGCUGCGGGGAUUCCUAGACCUGAUGCUGGUGAGGGAGCCCUCUCAAAGAGCCACAGCCCAGACACUCCUUGGACAUCCAUUCCUGAAACUGGCAGGUCCACCAUCUUGCAUUGUUCCCCUCAUGAGACAAUACAGACAUCACUGAGCAGAGGAUUCACAUAGGUGACAAAGCUAGAUGAGGACGUGAGACUAAUUCAGGAGGACACAAGGAAACCACAGGGCAUGCAGAAGGCCUGUGCAUUCAAACCAGCUGACAGGUGGGACAGGCAGGGUUGGACAGACCAGGGCAUCUUCUUGUGUCUUAAACAGGCAUCUCUCCACUGAUAGCUGGCGUGGUCAUUUGGAACACGGCUUUAAUAAGUCAUUGUUAUAUUUUUCAGCCUUUCAUCCAGCAAAUCAGAAGGACUUAGUAUAAACUCCGUUAUGAUAUAUCCUAGCCACAUGCAGGGUAACACAUAGGAUUUUCUAUAUUGAAAGAAUACUUUUCUGGCAAAAAAAAAAAAAAAAAGAAAGGAAACAAAAAGCACUUUUUUCUUAAUGGUAGCAGUGUAAUGUAUUUUGCAAUGAAUUUGUAAUUUUUCUGUACGAUAGUUUUGAUAAUUUAUAGUACUUUGAUGUCACGUAGCCAUUGUAUCAGUUGAAGUAAUACUUGUUUACUAGUAAGAGUUUGAACAAAGCCUUUCCUACUUUUUUAUCCCUUUCAGAGAACCAACGAUUCUUUAGGAACUUUGAAUACUGAAUGACUCUCAGUCACCGUCAGCUUUAGUAGAAUAUCUUUCUUAUCUUAACAAGUGUCUUAUGUGAUGGAAGAAGAAUUAAGAGUGAUGGUGAUGGUGGUCCACAUUUCAUUUACCCAACCAAAAAUAAUAAAAUUUGAGCCACAGUAUACCACCAAACUACUCCUUGGGAUAAAAAAAAUUUGAAAAAUCACAUUUCCUUCAAGGCAAUUCAUCACGAAAGAACAUUUUCCCUUACCCUCCCUCAAAUAGGUACAGUGUCCCCUGUGGCCCAAUUUCCCUCUCAAGGAAUAAUUUCAUUGCUAGGAUCAUUAGACUCAGUACCCUAAAGUGAAUGUUGCAAUAAGGCCCUAAGAAUUCCAGUCUCCCCAAGGAAAAGGCGAGAGAGUGGGGCAAUACGUUUGGUUUCAUUUGUCACUGUUUUUGAAGCUCUGUAUGCUAGCACACCAAACUCUUGUCUGUAUUCACCUUCGUACCACAGUAUUAAUCACUACUGUUUAUGUUUUGUGCUGGAAGUCUGAACUAACUCUGAAGGAUGAAGUAGGAAGGGGGUAUUUUACCAGGUGUGAUCUGACUUCAGUUGUGACCGUGUGAUUAUGUGUUUCCGAUAUAGGAGAGUCGUGCUGCUGACUAGAUCUUCUUGAAUGUUGAUAAAAAUGAAUGACUACUACAAUACCUUUUGUGUUGCUUGUUGGAUGAAUUUGCAUGUUAACUGUAGGCCAAUAUAGAUUUGCCUUUAAAAUUCUGAAAGAGCUACAUAGUCAUCAUUAGUUUCUGUUAAUUAUGCAUCAGACAAAAGCCAUGUGUUAUCAAACUGGAAAUCCAGAGGCUUUUCUUAAUGACUUCACUUACUGUAACAAAUACGGAUUUAAAUCUGUGAAAAUGCUCUGGUUGCUCUAAGCAUAAUUAAGAAUUUUUGUAAGUAAUAGGUUGCUAAUUAUUUAUUAUAGUUAAGAAAGGAAAAGAAAGGCAUAAAAUGACCUGCUACUGAUUAGAUUAUCAGUUUUCCCCCAAACUGGAAAUGCCACAUCAUAAAUAGGAUCUAUAAUUUUGUUUCAUAAACACAAUGUUUUAUGUAAAAUAUUAAAAUAUUAAUAUAAGUAUGUAAGAAAUAAAACAGUCUAAAUCCAGAAAAUGGCAGUCCUUAAAUUUCAUGGAACAGGUUGUAUUAGUUUAACCAGGACUAUGUAGAAGUAGAGAGAAAAGAAAGAGAAAAUCUUUUUUUUUUAACCAGAACAAAUAUUGAAAACCACUGCAGAAAAUAGUGGAUUUUGGAUUCCAAACAUUUUCAACAGUGUAAUGGAAAUUUUUCUGUAAUUUUCUUAUCACUGGGUAUUUUUUAAAGUGUUAUUUGAGUUUACUAAAAGUUACUGUAGCUUAAAAGGUUUUGUGAGCACUGAUGAUUGGCAGAAACUGCACUUGCAAAUAAAAAUAAAUG